AGAUAUUCCUCGUAUUACGAUUUCAAUUCAAUUGUUUCCAAAUGUAAAUCAAAGUUACAGUUAACCAAAUUUGUAACCAUUUUGAGGUUAUCCAAAUUUCUCGAAGAAUAGCGAUGAAUCACGACAAUUGGAAGACCGCUUGGGCACGCGGCAGUAAAUUCGAGGAUAUCAUUUGGAUAGGAAAUGACGUUCUGGCUUGGUGUUCCGGCGUUCACAUAGUGUUCUACGAGAUCGAGCACAAGAAGAAGAGUAUCCUUUGGUGUUGGUCCCACGACAUCGGGGAGGGAGUUCGAUCUCUCUCCUCGCACACCAAGUAUCCCGUAUUCGCGUUCGCCGAGAAAAGCUCUCAACCAAAAAUCAUGGUGUACACUUACCCGUCGUUGAUCAAAGUAUGCGAAUGCAUGAACGGGUUUACGAAUCAUUGUCUGUGCACCGGAUUCACCGCCACCGAUUACAUGGUCUCGAUCGGCUCGUAUCCGUACUUUAGAUUGAGCGUAUGGAAUUGGAGGACGGGCGAGAAGAUCGCCGCCGUGCAAACCCAUAUACGCGACGAGAUUGGCCAGAUCAUGAGGAUCAAUCUGAUCGGGCCUAUCCUCGUUGCCCAAGUGGGGAAAAGCUGCGGGGAGGCGUAUGUUUGGGAUGUGAUAAUCACCAAAAAAGCUGUCAUUUUGAAAGACUACGAGAUAAAGCUUCCGAAACAUGAGCCGAUUCUCAGCCUGGACUGGUCUUCAACGUCCACGGAACCGUUGUUGGCGCUCGUCGACAAGGAAGGUCACAUCUAUCUGAGUAAUUACGACGGAAGCGACGUCUAUCAGAUCAUGGUCGUCCAACGUUGCAACGUCUGCAUAGACAAGGAUCUGCCUAUAAUCAAGUGGUUCCAGGACGGCCUCGUAUUACGGACAACAUUCUGCCAGAUAUCGUUCUACAAGAAAUUCGCGAGGUUGAACAUAUGGAGGAAGAUGUGGUACGUGAAAUCGGAGAAGAAACCGUAUCUCCUGGUCACGAAUCCGUUUCAGGAUCAGCGAUUUUUCUAUUAUACCUAUGAGGGGGAGCUGAUGCAGGUGGAUUUAGUCGAUGAUGAGGACAAGCCAACAGUUUCCAAAUGCUUCCACAACGGGGGAAUGUAUCGUUUCGUCGACUUUAUCAAUCCGUGGUGCCACCAUUUGUUCGCUAUUUGCGACGCGAACAAAGAGUACGUCGUACUCGAGUGUUACGAAGGGACUCUCAUCUCGAACAUAAUACCGGAUUUGGACCACGAGAUACUGUGCCAAACCUCCCACCCAGAAUUCCCGUUGAUCGUUUUGGCGACCAAUCACGGCGAGUUGCACUGCGUAUCCAUCGUGAAACCGACCAAUCCUAAGAUCGUGGCGCGAUUGAGGCUCCAACGGACGCCGUUGGAUUUCAUCAAAUUCUCGUUGUCUGGAAGAUCUCUGGUCGCGGCCGAGAAAAAAACGGGCGACUGUUACUACAUAAGCAUGCAACGAGUGAAUAUGUACGACGUGCAAACGUUGAUCAAAGUCGGACACCCGAUCUCCGACGUUUUAAUCUUCGAAGGGUACAAGAAGCUGCGUAUUCUCGUUCUGUAUACGAUCGUGAGAAACGUGGGGCAUAGUCUGUUCCUAUACGAGAUCCUGGAGAAUCAAACCUUGGUCAUCGAGCCGAUCGUGGAAUUGCUUUUGCCUGGCGUGUAUCGGAAUCUCUACCAUUUGCCCGGUAACCCGAUGAUCCUCAUAGGAACACCUUACAUGACGCGCCAACUUCGAGUGCAGAAGAUACACGAUUUCAAAAACAUCACGUUCGAGGACAGUUUGAUGACAGGGCAUUUCGUGAAACUGGCCAGUUUGUUCGUGGAUCGAUGGUGGAUCAUCACGAUGGCCAUCGACGGAAUAAUUUACGUAAGAGACAAGACUGUGAGGCGGGAAGUGGCGUGCAUCAAGGUCCAUCACAGAGAGGAAUUGGGUACGAAGAAGGCAAUGAUCAAUAAACAAGGGGAUCUGAUCAUCGCCCUCGGUUACAACGGCUCGUUGAUCGCGACCAAGUUCUCCCCCGCCAAGAAGGAGCUGCAAGGAUUACGUUCCCCCAAGGAGAAACGCGUGACCAAAGUGGAGUACAAGCUGUACGAGAAGAUGAAGAAGAAGAUCGACAUCGAUUACACGAGCCUCGAUCCGUUGAUUUACGAUAUUCUGACGAGUCCGUUGUACGAGUUCCCGGAUUCCGAGAAGGAGGGGGACAAGACGUGGACGGAAUGGAGGCACGAGAUGCAACUGAAGGAGGAGGAGGAAGCGAGCAGGGAGCAGAAGACGGCCAUAUUGAACGAUUUCGAGGAGCUUCGGGACAAGGUGAAAAGGUUGUUGGACGAGAACGAGGCGAGCACGGAGAUAGAGAAGCUUCCCAUAGCCGCGUUCGAUCUGGACAUCAAGGGCCGGGAUCACAAGUUGAAAAUGGGCCGUGACAUUUGCGAGAAUCUUCGCCUCGAGUUCGAGCACAACAUCAACGAGACGAAACGGGUGUCGAAGUGGAUACGCAAGAACUUUUGGGACCCGCAAAAGAUCCUAGCCAAGAGCCUCUACGCGAUCUUCGGCGAGAUGGAGGUGGUCAAUUAUCCCUCGAUCGCCGAGAAUCCGGACGAUGUCCUGUUCCUCAAGUACAUCAACUUCCACAAAAAGACCGCGUACAGCGUCCUGGAGAACGACAGGUUCGAGCCUUGGAAGCUUUACACCGACCAAGAGUUGCAGGUGGAGGCGAACAAGAAGCACAGCAUAUAUCGCGAGCAGGACAAGAGGAUCGAUCUGUUGAUGAACGAUUGGGAGUUGGAGGACAAGGAGGAGGAUUUUGACAGGUUUAAGAGCGAAAUAGAGGAACGGAAGGCGGUGAACGGAACGACGACGCACAGAUUCAUCGAGUCAUCCCCUUAUUACCCCCAAUUCGGCUACUAUGGAUUCGCCCAAACUAAGAUAAACAAUCGUUUCUUCAUGUACGACUGCACCAGACUUCGAGAGUUUUUCAACAAUAAAUUCAACGAGAUAUACGCGCUGAAGGAAAGAGAGAUGAACGUGAUACGGGACAGAAUCGAGAGGAUACGUUACAUAGAUUCGGAAUUGAAGAUCAUGUUUAACAAACACGUGCCCCACGUCCCAAGCGACCCCGUCUGGCACUGGCAGGAGAGGCCGGAGAGCAUCAUCACGGUGAGGAGGGACGAGAUAAAGGCGAAACCGUACAUAUCCCCGUCCCACAUGGAAAUGCUGAUGAAGCAAGCGGCGGAGGAGGAGCGAAUAAGAAAAUUGUUGCUGGCCGACGAUUUUCGGGAGCGGGCCCUCAUGGCGAUGAUGAACGGUGUGCUGGAGGUGCGUUGGGAGGACGUAAUCAAGAUAGACGUGCCUAAGCCCGCCUGCAUGCUGACCAAGAAACCCGAGGACUACACGACCGAGGAUAUAUUGGCCGUGAAACAGUACGAGAAGGACGUGCAAUUUCUGAACGAGGAGAGGGAACGGUAUCACAGGAUGUUGGACGCGGAAUAUUCCAAGGUUAUGGAACAAUUGAAGGAAGGGAUAGACAGGUUCAACAGAAAGUUGGACAAUCUGUUCCACGUGAAAAUGAACGUCGAGGCUGCGAUCAACCAAUUGAACCUGAGAUACGUGCGAGGUUUGCUUCUGGUCCAUCAACGGAUAACAGCGUUCGACGAGGAGAACAUAUUGAAGAAGAAGAUCGCGAGGAAGAAGGAUUUCGAGAAGGAGAUGAGCGAGCAUGUAAAGAUGUUCGAGAACGUUCACCAGAAAGUGGCGGAAAAAUACACGAGUCUGAUAAACAAGGAGAAAGCGUUCGUGAAAAAGUUCAAGAGCGAGUUCUAUCACAUGCACAAGAUGCAGAUAGAGAUAUUGGAGAGGCAGUGCAGUCGUAGGCCGAGGGUGAAUCUGAAGAAUCUCGAGUCGUCCGAUUUGUACGACUUGGCAGAGGACGUGUUAGGCGGAAAGGUGACCAAGAUUUACCUGCCAUCCGAGUGCAAGGAUUACCUGAGGAUAUUGCACAACUUCGACGUGAGACCGGUCACCCUCCCGCCGAGCAUAGACGCCUCGAAUUGGGAGAAUUUGAUCCGUCUUCGACGAGCCAAGAUCAAUUUGGAGCUGAUGAUAAAGGGGGCUCAGACCGAGCUCAUGGACGUGGAGGCGGUGCUCCUCGGUUUCGAGCAGAAGAUGGAGAAGUGCAAGAUCGACGUGGAGGAUAUGAACAAGGAGCUGGUGCGGAAUAGGAUGCGGCAAAUGAUGGAGGACCUCGACGUGGAGAUACAGUUGGUGCUGAAGAUGGGCCAGGUGGAGAUAGAUCUCGAGGGGGAAUUGACAGAUUCGAAGAACGCGGUCCUAGUCUCGAGAACGACCAUUGAUACCGUGAACUCGUACAUUCAUGCCGCAGGCGAGUGCAAAUUGAAGGCUUUGAACAACUUGUUGAGCUUUCAGAGAGGCACCCUGUUGAAGCAAUGGCAGCACAUGUGCCGCAAGAAGAAUUUGGAGGAUCUGAGGGAGGAUCUCCGGUUCACGGAAACGACCAUGGUGACGAAAGAGAUGCAGGCGUAUUUGAAGCGGAAGGCGAAAGGUUUGCCGGACGAUAAGACGCCGCAGCAGCUCGACGACGACAUAGAGGCGGUGAAGCGGAAGUUUCAGAAGGUGUUGGACGAGGAGAAGGCGCGGCUCGAAACGGUGGAGAAGGAGAUCGCCGCCGUGAAGCUGAAGAACGAGAAGCUCGAUCGGCAGAUCCUCGAGAUGAACAUGGCUAGAUGCGACAUGGAGCUGAAGCGCGACAUUAUCGCCGAGGAGAAGCAGAAGGAACACCUCGACAGGAAGGUGAAGAUGGUGAUGCAUCGAUCGGCGUUGGUCAAGAAGCUGCAGGAGAAUUACGCGGAGCUCGUCGAGCUGCAGACCGAGCACGAGCUGCUCAGGCUCAAGCGAUACCCGACCUUUCAUUUCAGGAUGCUCGACGAAAACGAGGAGACGCGAAAGAACGUUCGAACGAAUCUUUGUUAAUUUUGUCAUUGCUCGAUGUUGUCCUCUGGUAAUUUAUGGGACUUUUUCUCUUGCGUUAUCUGGUUUUUGAAUAGGUCGA